AAACGGUAGGUAUAGUUGUAAUAUAUAUAAUAAAAAAAGACAGAACCGAGGAGAAGGGCGAGAGAGUAGGAACCGGCGAGCAAUACGGGUUAGUUUCAAAAACUGAGAUCACAUUCUCCCUUCCAUUCAUGUUGUCAUUAAAGAACUAAAGAAGCAGCACCUUCCCGUCGCAUCAGUCAUCACAGCACCCAUGUGGCUUCCAGUACACCUUCUAUAUAUCUACUACUUUGUGUCCAUAGUAAGUGUGAAGAUGAAGAAGUGGGGGUUGCUCGUGUUCGUUGUGUUAGUCUCAACUUUAGCAGCUACCACGGUCGCCAAAAAGUUGCCCAAGCCUUACGAGCUCUGCGGCAGAGUCUACUGUGACACCUGCCGCUUUGGUUUCGAGACUAACGUCACUACCUACAUUCCUGGAGCUACAGUGGAGCUGCAAUGCGAUGACAAAUCUGGUUCAAGAUUGGUUUUCAGAAACACAACCACCACAGACGAGCACGGAAGGUUCACCUUUCAGGUAUGCGAAGACCAUGGUGAUCAGUACUGUGAUGUAGUCCUGGUCAAGAGUCCAUGGCCACACUGUAACAAAAUUGAUCGAGUCCGAGGUCGUUCACGAGUUAUUGUUACAGACUUCAACGGGAUGAGAUCUUACCGCCGCCACGCCAACAACAUGGGUUUCUUCCAGGAAUACGCCUUGCCUGUUUGCGGCGAUCUUUACCAAUAUUACUUUCACUCUGACGACAUAUAAUUAACAAACCGGCAUUGCUAGCUUAUUACUAUUAAUCCUCAACAAAAAGAAAGAAAAGUUGUUUUAUUUAGUAAGUAUUUAUUUGUCAAACUGAAUAAAUAAGUACGGAGUAUAUUCAUUCAUGAAAUCGCCAAAUCAGAUACUGAUUAAAUAGAGGGAAACAGAUCAAUCUUCUCAUUGGUUUAUAAUCUUCAAAAUUAGUGUACUGCUAGUCAGUCAUUAAUUCAUUUGAUCAUUUGGGGUUGAAAUGCUCCCGUGUUCCUUUUUAAUUACACAAGCCUAGCUUAUUUAUUGCAAUUUCUUAUGCUGAAUCAUUUGUUUUUCAACU